UGUACGGCGGCGCGGGGCGAGAGCCGAGCAGCGAGGCCCCCGGGAGAUGUGGCGACCGAUACAGCUUUGCCAUGUCCACUCUGUUUUGCUGCAGAAGCCCUGGCCGCCUCCUGCUGCGCUCUUCAGGAGAGACUUCAGGGUCCUGCCUGCAAGGUCCUCAAGGCCCUCGCCCCUGUGGAGGAAGGCGCUCUCUGCCACGAUGCUGGGGCUGCCCCUGUUCCUGGGCAUCCGAUACUUCUCAGCAGAGGCGAGAGAGAAGCGGAGGAUGCGGCUGGUAGUGGAUGGCAUUGGGCGCUUUUCCAGGUCUCUGAGAAUCGGCGUGCAGAUCUCCCUGGACUACUGGUGGUGCACAAACGUUGUCCUACGAGGGGUGCAAGAGAACAGCCCGGAGUACCUGGAGGUGAUGUCUGCGUGUCACCAGCGGGCAGCUGAUGCCCUGGUGGCAGGGGCCAUCUGCAACGGGGGUCUCUAUGUGAAGCUUGGUCAAGGACUAUGCUCCUUCAACCACCUUCUACCCCCCGAGUACAUCAAGACCCUGCGUGUGUUGGAGGACAAGGCCCUCACGCGGGGCUUCCAGGAGGUGGAUGAGCUAUUUCUGGAGGACUUCCAGGCCCUACCCCACGAGCUCUUCCAGAAGUUUGACUACCAGCCAGUGGCCGCUGCCAGCCUGGCACAGGUGCACCGUGCUACACUGCAUGAUGGCACAGCGGUGGCUGUGAAGGUGCAGUACAUCGAUCUGCAGGAUCGCUUCGAUGGGGACAUCCACACACUGGAGCUGUUGCUGCGGUUUAUUGAGCUCAUGCAUCCCAGCUUUGGCUUCAGCUGGGUUCUCCAGGACCUGAAGGACACCCUAGCUCAGGAGCUGGACUUCAAGAACGAGGGCCAUAACUCUGAGCGCUGUGCGCAAGAGCUGGGGCACUUCCACUACCUCGUGGUCCCCCGUGUGCACUGGGACAAGUCAAGCAAGCGAGUGCUGACGGCUGACUUCUGUGAGGGUUGCAAGGUCACUGACAUUGAGGCCAUCACAAGCCAAGGGCUGGCGGUGCAAGACGUAGCAGAGAAGCUGAUCAAGGCUUUUGCUGAGCAGAUAUUUUACACGGGUUUCAUCCACUCUGACCCCCACCCAGGCAAUGUUCUGGUGCGGAAAGGCCCAGAUGGGAAGGCAGAGCUGGUGCUGCUAGACCAUGGGCUCUACCAGUCCCUGGAUGAGAAGGACCGGUCAGCCCUGUGCCAGCUUUGGCGGGCCAUCAUCCUGAGGGAUGACACUGCGAUGAAGGUGCAUGCAGCUGCACUUGGGGUGCAGGACUAUUUGCUGUUCUCCGAGAUGCUCAUGCAGCGGCCUGUGCGCCUGGGGCAGCUGUGGGACUCCCACCUGCUGAGCCACAAAGAGGCAGCCUACAUGCAAGACAUGGCCCGAGAGCACUUUGAAGCCAUCAUGGCCGUGCUCAAGGCCCUGCCACGGCCCAUGCUGCUUGUGCUUCGUAACAUCAACACUGUGCGUGCCAUCAACACAGCCCUGGGCACCCCUGUCGACCGCUACUUCCUCAUGGCCAAGAGGGCAGUCCGGGGCUGGAGCCGCCUGGUGGGCGCAGCAUAUCAGGGCAUCUAUGGCACCAGCCUCCUGCGCCACAUCAAGGUCAUCUGGGAAGUGCUCAAGUUUGAAGUGGCCCUGAGGCUGGAGAUCCUGGCCAUGCGGCUCACCGCCCUCCUGGUCCGUGUGCUGGCCCACCUGGGCUUUGUGCCCCAGGCCGAGGAGCUCUACCAAUACCUGGAGACCUAGGGAACCUGGGGCCAGGACAACCAACGGAGCAGCCUAGGGCCAACAGGGCUCAUCCAGCUGCAGGCCCAACUGAGCUGCCUAAAAAUGGCGGUACAGAUUCCCUAAGAUCCAGGGGUUGGGGGGUGGGAGCGGAACAACUAUAAUCAGCAGCUAGAGACAAACUGUGGCUGUGACCACAGCCAGGCCAAGUGGCCAUACAAUGACCACAUGCUCAUCUUAAA